UGAAGCUGCUCUCCCAGCAACAUUACCUCCGCUGUCCGGGCCGAGAAAAAAAUGACACCCCGGCAGCAGCAGGAGCCUCGGCCGCAGCCUGGUCUCGGAGCAGCGUUCCCCUGCUCUGUCGGUGAGCCGUGAGCAUGCCACCAUCCCGGCCUCCUCCUCCCAGCCUCACCGACGCUCGAUCAUCACCAGCACGAUGUAUUUCAACCGGAGAGCCAAGAAGAUACACAGCGAGGGAGAGCAGUUAGUGUUGACCACCAUUAGGCAGGAGUCUUCUGAACUACAGGACCCAGGCCAGGGCGCCGGCGCUACCAUGCGUACCUGCCUCACAGACAGGUUUGACAAAACCUCGCCUCUCUCCCAUCAAUCCAACGGUGCAGGACCUGCUUGCUCGUCCGCCGGUUACCGCAAGGCAGAUGAUGAGAUGUCCGGGACUACUUCCCAGGCGGAUCCCAUAGAUGCCACGGCGCGGACGGUGCUGCUCAACCGGCCACAGGUCACCAAGUUCUGCGACAACCACGUCAGUACCACCAAGUAUGGGAUCCUCACCUUUCUGCCUCGGUUCCUGUAUGAGCAGAUCAGGCGAGCUGCAAACGCCUUCUUCUUGUUCAUCGCACUCAUGCAGCAAAUCCCUGAUGUAUCACCGACCGGCCGCUACACCACGCUGGUCCCACUCAUCUUCAUCCUCACCGUGGCAGGGAUCAAGGAGAUCAUAGAGGACUAUAAAAGGCACAAAGCAGACAACACCGUGAACAAGAAGAAGACAACAGUGCUGCGGAAUGGAGCCUGGCAGACGAUCAUCUGGAAACAGGUGGCGGUAGGAGACAUAGUGAAGGUGACCAAUGGCCAACACCUUCCAGCUGACAUGGUUAUUGUGUCCUCCAGCGAACCUCAGGCCAUGUGUUACACUGAAACCUCCAACUUGGAUGGAGAAACAAACCUGAAGAUCAGACAGGGUCUGUCACUCACAGCGGGGGCUCAGACUCUGGAGGAUUUAAUGGGACUGUCCGGGCGUUUGGAGUGUGAGGGUCCCAACAGGCACCUUUAUGAUUUUACCGGCACGCUGCGACUGGAGAAUCAGAAUCCUGUUCCCUUAGGUCCAGACCAGGUGUUGCUCCGUGGCGCCCAGCUCAGAAACACACAGUGGGUUGCAGGAAUCGUUGUCUACACUGGUCACGACUCCAAACUGAUGCAGAACUCCACCAAAGCUCCCCUGAAGCGCUCUAAUGUGGAGCGAGUGACCAACAUGCAGAUCCUGGUCCUAUUUGGCAUCCUCCUGGUCAUGGCUCUGGUCAGCUCUGUGGGUGCCGCCAUCUGGAACAGAGAACACACUGAAGACGCCUGCUGGUACCUGUCCCGUGCUGGCGACAUCUCCACUAAUUUUGCUUAUAACCUGCUGACAUUCAUCAUUCUGUACAACAACCUGAUCCCCAUCAGCCUGCUGGUCACUCUGGAGGUGGUCAAGUUUACACAGGCGCUCUUCAUCAACUGGGACGUGGAGAUGUAUUACUCUGAGACUGACACGCCAGCCAUGGCACGAACGUCUAAUCUUAAUGAAGAGCUGGGCCAGGUGAAAUAUCUCUUUUCGGACAAGACAGGGACUCUGACCUGUAAUGUCAUGCACUUCAAAAAGUGUACCAUUGCAGGAAUUACCUAUGGCCACUUCCCUGAUCUUGACUGUGACCGAUCAAUGGAGGACUUCAGCAAUCUGCCGUCCAACAGCAAUAACUCAACAGAAUUUGAUGACCCAACACUCAUCCAAAACAUAGAGAGCCAUCCUACAUCACCUCAGAUCUGUGAGUUCCUGACAAUGAUGGCAGUGUGCCACACGGUGGUCCCAGAGAGAGAGGAAAACCAGAUCAUCUACCAGGCCUCCUCACCAGAUGAAGGAGCGCUGGUCAAAGGGGCCAAAGGCCUUGGUUUUGUCUUCACUGCAAGAACCCCUGACUCAGUCAUAAUUGAAGCUAGGGGGAAAGAGAUGAGCUAUGAGCUGCUGAAUGUCCUGGAGUUUUCCAGUAACCGCAAGCGCAUGUCUGUGGUGGUGAGGACCCCCAGUGGGAAGUUACGUCUGUACUGCAAAGGAGCGGAUAAUGUCAUUUUUGAGCGGCUAACUGAGGCAUCCCAGUACAAAGAAUUGACUGUGGCUCACCUGGAACAAUUUGCUACUGAAGGCUUGAGGACUCUAUGUUUUGCCUAUGUGGACCUGGAGGAAGGAGCCUACCAGGAGUGGCUAAAGGAAUACAACCUAGCCAGCACUGUUCUCAAAGACCGUGCUCAGAAAUUAGAAGAGUGCUAUGAACUACUGGAAAAGAAUCUGCUGUUGCUGGGAGCCACCGCCAUCGAGGACCGUCUCCAGGCUGGUGUUCCAGAGACCAUCGCCACUCUGAUGAGGGCCGAUAUCAAGAUUUGGGUCCUCACUGGAGACAAGCAGGAGACUGCCAUCAACAUAGGUUACUCAUGUCGUCUGGUGACACACGGCAUGUCCCUCAUCGUCGUCAACGAGGACUCCUUAGAUGCUACUCGGGCCACGCUGACAAAACACUGUUCAGACCUGGGCGACUCGCUGAGGAAGGAAAACGAGUUAGCGCUGAUCAUUGAUGGUCAGACACUGAAAUACGCGUUGUCCUUCGAGCUUCGCCAGGCCUUCCUGGACUUGGCGUUGUCAUGCAAGGCUGUCAUCUGCUGUCGGGUCUCUCCACUGCAGAAGUCAGAGAUUGUGGAUAUGGUAAAGAAACACGUCAAGGCCAUCACGCUGGCCAUAGGCGACGGCGCCAACGAUGUGGGGAUGAUCCAGACUGCUCAUGUAGGAGUCGGGAUCAGCGGAAAUGAGGGCAUGCAGGCCACCAAUUCCUCUGACUACUCCAUAGCACAGUUCUCCUACUUAGAAAAGCUGCUACUGGUCCACGGGGCAUGGAGCUACAACCGUGUCACCAAGUGCAUCCUCUACUGUUUCUAUAAGAAUGUGGUGCUCUACAUCAUAGAGCUCUGGUUCGCCUUUGUGAACGGGUUCUCCGGGCAGAUCCUGUUUGAGCGCUGGUGUAUAGGCCUCUACAACGUGAUAUUCACUGCACUGCCUCCGUUCACUCUGGGGAUAUUCGACCGGCCAUGCAGCCAGCAGAACAUGCUCCGCUUCCCUCAACUCUACCGAAUUACCCAGAAUGCCGAGGGCUUCAACACCAGGGUGUUUUGGGGCCACUGUAUUAAUGCACUGAUUCAUUCAAUUAUUCUUUUCUGGUUUCCUCUCAAAAUGUUGGAGCAUGAUUCUCCCUUUCAGAACGGUCAGGGAAAUGACUACCUGUUUGUUGGAAAUAUGGUCUACACGUAUGUGGUAGUUACAGUAUGUCUGAAGGCAGGAAUGGAGACCACCGCCUGGACCAGGUUCUCCCACCUGGCUGUUUGGGGAAGCAUGGUGCUAUGGAUGGUCUUCUUUGCCGUCUACUCUGCCAUCUGGCCCACCAUCCCCAUUGCCCCUGACAUGCUGGGCCAGGCUGGCAAGGUGAUGCAGUGCUGGCACUUCUGGCUGGGUCUGGUCCUGGUGCCUACUGCAUGUUUACUCAAAGACUUUGCUUGGACCGCCACACGUCGCACUGUGAGAAAGUCUCUCCUGGAGGAGGUGCAGGAGUUAGAGGCUCGGGCUGUCGACCCAGGGGCAGCUGUGCUGAGGGAUGCAAGUGGGCGCAGUCUAAACGAACGUGCCCAUCUGCUGACAAGAGUCUUUAGGAAAACGCCUUCAAGUGUAGGACGCUCCAACUCGGUGCAGCAGACUGUGUCACGCAGUCAACUGCAGAUUUAACUGACUGUUUUCAGAGCACCUGGCUUGGGUGGAGUGAUACAAAAGAUGGCUAUGCCUUCUCCCAGGAGGAGCAUGGCGUUGUCUCCCAAUCCCAAGUCGUGCGCUCCUACGACACCACCCGCCAACGCCCCAGCCUCUAGCCCCACCCCUGACCAAGGCUUCGGCUCACCGUACUAACGGUUAUAAAGGCGACAGCGGAGACAGACUCAUGUGAAACCCUCACGCGGGGUUACCGACCCCUGCUGUGGCCUUACUUGGAACUAUGACCUGACCCCUCACUGGGGGGGUGUUGGACACUCACAGUCAGGCGUGGAGGCCAUUGCUGGCGCACAGAGAACGGACUUGAGAGAAGGAGCCAGGUCGACUUAACGGAGUAAACGUUUUUCAAACUCACACAAGCUGCACAAGCAUGAGCAAUCAUAUCCACGCACAGACAUGACAAGUCAAACUCAGAGACUGCUGCUCAUAUCUGUAUACCCAUCAGACUGGGUUGGCUUCAUGCCACUGUGUGUUUACGUGUGUGCGUGAGCGUGUGCAUUCCAGUGCGUCUGUAUCUGCCUGUGCAUGUAUGUCCGCACGCGUCAGCGCUCCUGUGUUCGUGUGCAUGUGUCUGUCUGUCCCUGCGUGUUCCACAGUUCCCUCUCAUCUCUCUGGUGAGGGGGGUUUAGCUAAUCAGUCAUCACAUGCUGGGCACGGGAGGGGAGGAGACGUCAAAAUAAACAGACUCACAUGCACACACGAGCUGAUGAAUUCCUUUAAAAAUGGUACUGAAGGAGCCGCUGCACCCAAGCUUCUACAGCCUCCACCUCAGCAUCCCAUCAGAGCACCAAGCCUCACUGCCAAACACCACUGAGAUGCCACUGAGGCAGAACGCUAUGGCCAAACUGGACCACCACCCCUGCUGCAGCCUCUCUGGGACCUAUUCCUGCUCCCUUGUAUUUCUCCUAGCAGCCUCCGCUCCUCAUCCUCCCCAUCACAUCUUUACAUCCUGGCCAGUUUUUCUUUUCUUGUCUUUUUUUAACAUCCUGGUGUAUCUCACGACUCACCUAUCGUGCGCAUCACUUAGACAGCCUGGCAUAUGAGCUUCCUCCUUCAGUUCUGUUGGAUUUAUUUACCAGGUUCUUCCUUUUUUAUUAUCAAAGUGGACAUUAAUGUGUAUUUGUUUAUAUUUUUUCUUUUCAUGAAUGCCUGUUUUUGUACUCAUAUGUGGAGACCUGUCAUAGAGGGAACAUUUUACUUGAAUUAGUGCUUAUAGGCAUCCAGAACAGAAGGGAUCUGACUGAGACACUCGCCUGGAUUGUGUGUUUUUUGGCUCUGGGAUUUGUCUGAAUGUGGAGUCCAUCGUCUGUGUGCUCUGUGUUGAGGACACUCCUGUCAAAGAAUGCAAGACUGAAAGGGUGGGAGACUGGGGGGUUGUCCAUCUGAGUCCUAAUCAUUAAAUCUAAUCAA